AUGUUCGUCCGAACGACCCUGCGCCUUCCUUCCCAUGGUUCGCCCGAGAACCCAAAGGAACUACAGCACUGGGCUGUAGUAGGGACCUCGGGGAGAACCGAUCUACUGGAUGUUUUGCGCGGUCAGCACAUCUGUAUCCCGCCAAGCGCACGAUCUUAUCCCUAUCUCCUCUCCGACGAGAUCGCCGCAAAGGAUCCUCGCUUACGCUAUGUGGGAGCCGCAAUUCAAUAUAUUGGUUUCAGUGGAGAAGGUUCCGGAGCCAUUGGUGGCAUACGUGGAGCAUACCUGAGCGCGCGAUAUGAGAGUUUGCGGGAGGAGACCGAUUGGACGGUAGAGCAAUUCCUCCGGGGCCAAACAUCGCUCAAUCCCAUAGAAGGUGAAGAGAACGGGACGGUUCGGGAUGAAGCAUUCCUGAAGGAAGUCAUUACGGACCUGCGGCUAUCGGACCUACUGGACAUGCCCGUGGCGAACUUAAGCAACGGCCAGACCAGACGAGCUCGCAUUGCCAAGGCUUUGUUGCAGAAGCCUGAAUUGCUCCUCCUAGACGAACCUUUCAUGGGUCUGGACCCGGCCACGGUCCGCAGCAUCUCGAAUCUGCUCCACCGCCUGGCUGAGAAGCAGGCUCCAAGAUUGAUCCUAGCAUUGCGGCCGCAGGAUACGGUCCCGGAUUGGAUCACUCAUACGAUUGUUGUCGGAAAUAAUCAUCGAAUUGCUCUGCAGGGUCCCAAGGAAGUCACUGAGAACACGUUGAAUCUGUGGAAGCAGGUCACGAUUGAAGACUCGAAGGAGCUCAAAGGCAAAGCGAAAGCGAAAGUAGUUGCCGAAGUAAAUUCCCUUGUGGAAUCCGGGGUCAUAGACAAUAAAUUAAUCGAAGACUUGACGUCGACGGGGGCCAAAAGGAGCACCAUGGAUCACGAAGUCCAGCAGGGCGGAGAGCCGGUUAUUGAAAUGGAAGGCGUUCGCGUUCAAUAUGGGGAUAAAGUCGUCCUGGGGAACUGGACACAGAACAUACGUGGCGAGGCUAAGGAGGGUCUCCACUGGCGUGUGCGCCGCGGCCAACGCUGGGCGAUUCUUGGUGCCAACGGCUCUGGCAAAACCACUCUCUUGUCGUUGAUCACAUCCGACCAUCCACAAACAUAUGCGCUCCCUGUCAGGUUAUUGGGGCGGUCCCGGCUUCCGGAAGCAGGGAAGCCUGGCAUCUCGAUCUUUGAACUCCAAUCUCGACUCGGUCAUUCGUCGCCCGAGAUUCAUGCGUUCUUCCCCCGCCAGCUGACGAUUCGCGAAUCUCUGGACGCUGCCCUCACAUUUUUCAAGCCUGAACUAGACCCCACAGCCCAAAAUUCAGAGGAGCAAGGGCCUCCUGUGAUCUCAACAGACAUGUUCCCCAAGCCGAAUCGGCAAACUAGACGGCCACGAAGGAACCCGCCGCCAUUUGUGCCAGAGGACUAUUACGUUGAAUAUGCCGACAAAAUCACAUUCGGCCAACUCAGCACCGCGCAACAGCGCAUUGUAUUAUUCUUACGCGCCUUGAUUCAUAAACCUGAUAUCGUCAUCCUUGACGAGCCUUUCUCAGGUCUAACCGCCUCACAGCGUGAAAAAUGUCUGCACUUUCUUGAACACGGCGAUGCUCCGUAUCCAAUGAUUAGACGCCGCAGCACAACAGUUCCGACAGAACGGAUCCGCGGCCUGUCAGACGAGCAGGCAUUGAUCAUGAUCAGUCAUGUGAAGGAAGAAAUUCCCGACACGGUGCGGCACUUUAUGCGGCUGCCAUCGAACACCGCCGACGGAGAAGACGCAAUUGAUUUCCGUUCUGGAUUCCUGAAGAGACGAAGCAACUUCCGAGACCCUGAAGUUUGGGGACAUGCGUGGUCCCCAGCUAGCGAAUUCAAUGAGAUCUCUCGCCGGGCAAAGCAUCCCACGCGCGCUGCAGAGAACCCUCGACUAGUUGAAGAUAUGGAAGAAUUUGAGUGGUACUCAAUAUAA